GAAGGGUCGUGCUGCAUGCCGGGACGCGUAGCUCCUGCCGCGAGGGGGGGGGGGUUGAGAGAGGCAUCAAUCUAUGCAGAUAAGAGGGGCGGGGCUCCAGACCGGGAGCCGGCGGCCGCCACUGGAUGUGGCGGCUGCAGUUGCGGUACUUCCCGGCGGGGAGGAGGUGGGGUCUGGGGAGGAGGCGGGGAGCGUGUCCCUGUGCCGCCUCAUGUGUACCCUGCCCGGGGAGCAGGAAAGGAGCCUCCGGCGGCGGCAACCAUGUCUGAGAAUGGCGCCUCAGCUCCCCCCGUCCCCAACGGCGAGUGCGCCGUGCGCCCGCCCGGCAACAAGGUGACCGUGGUGCUGGGGGCCCAGUGGGGCGACGAGGGCAAGGGCAAGCUGGUGGAUCUGCUGGCGCAGGACGCGGACAUCGUCUGCAGGUGCCAGGGAGGCAACAAUGCUGGGCAUACUGUUGUGGUAGAUUCCGUGGAAUAUGAUUUUCAUCUCUUACCCAGUGGGAUCAUCAAUCCAAAAGUCAUUGCAUUCAUUGGAAAUGGUGUGGUGGUUCACUUGCCAGGACUGUUUGAAGAAGCAGAGAAAAAUGUAAAAAAAGGAAAAGGACUAGAAGGCUGGGAAAAACGAUUAAUCAUUUCUGACAGAGCUCAUAUUGUAUUUGACUUUCAUCAGGCUGCUGAUGGCAUUCAAGAACAACAAAGACAAGAGCAAGCAGGAAAGAACUUGGGAACUACCAAAAAAGGGAUUGGUCCAGUGUAUUCUUCGAAAGCAGCUCGAAGUGGGCUCAGAAUGUGUGAUCUUGUUUCCGAUUUCGGUGAAUUUUCAGAGAGGUUCAAAGUAUUAGCUAACCAGUACAAAGCUAUAUAUCCAACCUUAGAGAUAGACCUUGAAGGGGAAUUGAAAAAACUCAAGGGCUACAUAGAAAGGAUUAAACCAAUGGUGAGAGAUGGUGUUUAUUUCAUACAUGAGGCUCUACAUGGACCACCAAAGAAAAUCUUAGUAGAAGGUGCAAAUGCAGCAUUACUGGACAUCGACUUUGGGACGUAUCCUUUUGUGACCUCUUCGAAUUGUACAGUUGGAGGCGUUUGCACAGGUUUGGGUAUGCCACCUCAGAAUGUUGGGGAAGUAUAUGGAGUUGUAAAAGCAUAUACAACCAGAGUUGGAAUCGGUGCCUUUCCUACAGAACAAGAUAACGAAAUUGGAGAAUUGCUGCAGACACGAGGUAAGGAGGUUGGCGUGACCACUGGUAGAAAAAGAAGAUGUGGCUGGCUGGAUCUUGUGUUACUCAGAUACGCCCACAUGAUUAAUGGAUUUACUGCAUUGGCUGUAACAAAAUUGGAUAUCUUGGAUGUAUUUCCAGAAAUCAAAGUUGGAAUUGCUUACAUACUAAAUGGUGAAAUCAUACCUCAUUUUCCUGCAAACCAGGAAGUCUUAAAUAAAGUAGAGGUUCAGUAUGAGACAUUCCCAGGAUGGAACACGGACAUAUCAAAUGCAAGAACAUUUGAUGAACUGCCUGUAAAUGCACAGAACUAUGUUCGCUUUAUAGAACUGGAGCUUGGUAUUCCUGUUAAAUGGAUUGGAGUAGGGAAAUCCAGAGAGUCAAUGAUACAGAUGUUUUAAAGAUUUCAGAUGCGUGGAAGAAAGCACACUCCUCAAUAAAAGACUGCUUAGUCUUACAUGUAUUAGUAGUCUACAAAGUGAAGAUGUUGGAAGGAUAGAUCUUGCAUGGAAAGAAAUGUUAGAGUUGGUCUCCCAAACCGAUUGCUACUCUUGAAAGACUUUGACGUCUACCAAUAUCAGCUCUCUAUCCAACUGGCAAUAACUCCAGGACACUUGCCAUUACUGUUAUACAUGGUGCCACCAGACUUUUCUUUAUCAUCUAGUAUUUACUCCAUAACAUAAUCCUUGAUGUUUGAAAAUGAAAGGUAACAUCAUUUUCCUGACUUUGUCUUGAUUGUUGUUAUUAUGCUUCUGGCGGUGUUACUUCCCUGAAAUCUUAAACAGUAAAAAUAAUGCAGUUUUGCACAAAUGGUUUUACAUCCUCAUUAUUUGUACUCCUAAAUAUGUUGUAUUCUUUAUAGCUGCUGUUGUAGUGAGUGAUUAAAGAGGGAUUCUGAUGAUUUUAUAAUGCUAUAAACAUUGUCUAAACUGUGUGUGAGAUGGCUUUUGUUCAAAAAAAUUUGUGAUUCAAGUUGUUGGGAGUGUGCAAGGGGCUCUUAAGACAAGUUUACAGAAAAUGUGCAAAAACCUAAAUUUGAUAUUGUGUAAAGUUCAUUUACAGUUACUGAACUAUUCUAUUUAAUUUUUUAAAAUUAAUUUUAAAACAAUUAUGCACUUCUCCACUUUGAGUGCAUAUUACAGAAAAGUAAAUCUCUUGCUAAUUAGAAGGAAGCAUGUUUAUUCAUAUGUUUAAAGUUUUAAUCUUUAGGUGCCUCUUUAAAUUUUUUCUUGUACGUCAGUGAUUAGAACUGUUUGACUUCACACAACUAGGCAAAGGCACUAUAGAAAUUAUAAAAGGAAAACUAUUAGGGCUGUCAAGCGAUUAAAAAGAUUAAUCAUGACUAAUCAUGCAAUUAAAAUUAAUCACUAUUAAUUGUGAUAAACACUAGAAUGUCAUUUAUAUAAAUAGUUUUCCAUAUUUCCAAAUAUAUUGAUUUCAGUUACAACCCAAAAUACAAAGUGUACAGUGCUCACUUUAUAAUAUUUGCACUGUUAAUGUAUUUCAGUUCACUUAAUACAAGUACUGUAGUGCAAUCUCUUUAUCAUGAAAGUUUAACUUACAAUGUAGAAUUAUGUACAAAAAUCCUGCAUUCAAAAAUAAAACACUGUGAAACUUUAGAGCCUACAAGUCCACUCAGUCCUACUGCUUGUUCAGCCAGUCGCUAAGACAAACAUGUUUGUUUACAUUUGCAGGAGAUAAUGCUGCCUGCUUCUUAUUUACGAUGUCACCUGAAAGUGAGAAUAGGCACUCUCAUAGCAUUGUUGUCGCUGGCAUCGCAAGAUAUUUGUGGCAGAUUCGCUAAAGAUUCAUAUGUCCCUUCAUGCAUCAACCACCAUUCCAGAGGACAUGCAUCCAUGCUGAUGAUUGGUUCUGCUCGAUAACAAUCCAAAACAGUGCAGACCAAUGCAUGUUCAUUUUCAUCAUCUCAGUCAGAUGUCACCAGCAGAAGGUGAUUUUCUUUUUUGGUGGUUCAGGUUCUGUAGUUUCCGCAGCGGAGUGUUGCUCUUUUAAGACUUUUGAAAGCAUGUUUCACACCCCAUCCCUCUCAGAUUUCGGAAGGCACUUCAGAAUCUUAAAUCUUGAGUCAUGUUCUGUAACUACCUUUAGAAAUCUCACAUUGGUACCUUCUUUGCGUUUUGUCAAAUCUGCAGUGAGAGUUCUUAAAAGAAACAUGUGCUGGAUCAUCAUCCAUGACUGCUAUAACAUGAAAUAUAUGGCAGAAUGUGGGUAAAACACUGAGCAAGAGAUCUACAGUUCUCCCCUAAGGAAUUCAGUCACAAAUUUAAUUAAUGCGUUUUGUUUUCUUAACUAGCGUCAUCAGCAUGGAAAUAUGUCACCUGGAAUGGUGGUCAAAGCAUGAAGGGGCAUACAAAUGUUUAGCAUAUCUGGCACAUAAAUUCCUUGCACCGUUGGCUACAAUAGUGCCAUGAGAGUGCCUAUUCUUACUUUUUCAGGUGACACUGGAAAUAAGCUGAGGGCAGCAUUAUCUCCUGCAAAUAUAAACAAACUUGUUUGUCUUAGCGACUGGCUGAACAAGCAGGACUGAGUGGACUUGUAGGUUCUAAACUUAUACAUUGUUUUGUUUUUGACUGCAGUUAUGUAAUCUACAUUUGUAAAUUGUGCUCUCACAAUAAAGAGGCUGCAUUACAGUACUUGUAUGAGGUGAAUUGAAAAAUUUUUACAGUGCAAAUAUUUGUAAUAAAGUGAGCACUGGACACUUUGUAUUCUGGGUCGUAAUUUAUAUCAAUAUAUUUGAAAAUGUAGAAAAACAUCCAAAAUUUUAAAUUUCACUUGGUAUUCUAUUGUUUAGCAGUGCGAUUAAAACUGCUUAAUCACAAUUAAUUUGAGUUAGUCAUGUGAGUUAACUGUAACUAAUCAAACAGCCCUAAAAACUAUAUAAAUCAAAGGCACAGUUGAGAUAUUUAAUGUAUUCUGAAAAUGUGAUUCAGAAUUCACCUACUGAAGGCAAUGUUUCUGCUUAAUGUCAUUGGAUUAUGUCCUGGAAGUAUUUCCAUGAAUAAUCUUGGAGCUGUAAACAAGUGAAGGAGACCUGUUUAUUUUGGUAGUGUGGUAUGUAACACUUACUUGAUCUAAUAAGAGUCUUAAAGCUUCCAAUUAAAAAAAAAAAAGUGGCCUUUACAGCAUGAUUUUAUUCUGUUUUUUAGGUAAAUACACACAUUGCAUUGUGAAGUUUGAGUACUCCCUUCUCAGUUGGGUGGAAAUAAGCAUAGUUUAUUUCCAAAUGAUAAACUGAUCAAAUUUAGAUACUAACUUUGCUGUAAUGGAUUAGUUGAAUCAAGCUGCAAAGGGGAAUAUAGGAAACUUAGAAC